AUGGCGACCGACAGGGAGCGCGAUUUCUUCGCUCGAUUCCAAGAUUUCAACCUUAUCGAGUCCGCUUCUCCGCUAGACAACUUCAAGCUCCUUGCCAACAAGCACAAAUGGAGCGCGGGCUCGAAGAAAUGGUGCAGCAAGUGGUUUGCUUGCUUCGACUCUCUUUACAGUCCCGAUCCCUCGUACAACAAGUUCUUUGACAACUUCGUCAACUUCAUUCCCGAUGAUUCAGUUUCCGACUUGGAAAACUUCAACACUCUUGCGAAAAAGCGCAAGUGGGGAGUUGGUUCUAAGACAUGGUGUCGCAACUGGAAGGCCUGCUUUGGUACUGAGUACACUCGGACACAGAACACCACUCCAACCCCAAACACCCCGACUCAGUACACUCCAACCAUAACUCAAUACACCCCGUCUACAACUCAGUACACCUCGACCCAGUACACUCCAACUUCAUCCCAGGAGACUCCGACCCAGUGCACUCCGGCGCAGGACACCACCGAUUCCCAAUCUUGCGACAGCUACGAUGAAGUCUUAGACUUCAAACCUGAUCCUCGUGCUGCCCUUGCAGUUGAUUUCGCUCGACUGGCGACCCAAACCAAUCUGGCACAGGGCACUCCCAUUGGUCAAUCUCGCAACAGCUGCUACGAUAAAUUCCCUGGAUUCAAGCCCGACUCUCAUGCUUCUCUUGCUGAUGAGUUUGCUCGACUGGCGAAGUUCAACGGCUGGAAGAAAAACUCCGAUGAAUGGCGUGGAUACCGUGCCAUGUUCUAUGAUGAAGAGUUCACCCUCCACUUCGGCUAUUUUGCCAGCAAUCUCAAUAACUGGCAGAAAUUUAGCAAGAUACUGGAUAUGCCUAUCGGAAGUUCCAUCACUCAAUGUAAAAAGAACCUCAAGGAUUCUAGAGUCUACUUCAACAUCGUCAACGUUGUCAAUCAUAUGCGCAACCCUGACAAAGUCGAACUGAUAAGGUUCACAGACUGGAACAAAUUUGUGGCGUACACCAUGAACGGACAUAUCUACCCACUGAAGGCAGCCAAGGGGGAGAAGUUUCUGUGCCAACUUCUGCAACGCAUAUUCGGCUGGUCUAAUCCCAAGCGUCACCAGCGCAACUAAUCCGGCUUUCCCUCAAGACUGACUAAGGAAAAGUCAAAAGAGGAUAUGCUGGAUAUUGAUGGAAGAGCCACCUGUGCAUGCGGUAUGCUUGGGUAGGAGCACUAGGUACAUGCACCGGUCGACAAAAAAGCCUCUCCUGGGAUUAAUGCGGUUCAGUGAUAGCUGUUUAGAUCGCUUAAUUGACGAGACCAAAAUUUUGAGUGGAUAUUGAAGAC